GCUGGACCACUGCUCUUAAAUUCACUACAUUAAUUAUCAACUGAACCAAGACACAAUGGCUGCAAGCGUCCUGAUUCCUGCUGGCCCCGAAUUAAGAAUAGUGUUGAUAGGAAAAACUGGAGUGGGGAAAAGUGCUGUUGGAAACACCGUCCUGGGGAGCGAACACUUUGAGUCUUGUGCCAAGUCUACCUCUGUGACUGAGACUUGCCUUAAAAGUUAUGUUAAGGAAAAUUCUAGAUUAAUUCAUGUGGUGGACACACCAGGAAUUCUAGAUACAGACAAAUCUGCAGAGCAUAUAAAAAAUGAGAUCGCAAAGUGUGUUCAGGUUUCAACCCCUGGUCCUCAUGUCUUCCUGCUGGUGAUCCAAAUUGGCAGAUUCACCAAAGAGGAGCAGAAUUCUGUUGUAGCCCUGGAGAAACUCUUUGGACCAAAGGCCUCCAAGUACAUGAUUGUUGUAUUCACUCGUGGUGAUGACCUUGGUAGACAGUCAAUACAAGAAUACGUACGCACCAGUGAUAGUGGACCUCUUCGAGAAGUGAUUCAACGCUGUGGCAACAGAUUCCAUGUUUUCAACAACAGAGAGAAGAAUCGAAGUCAAGUUGUCGAGCUGAUCAAGAAGAUUGAUGACAUGGUGGCAGGAAAUGGAGGGGUGUGCUACACUGACGAAAUGUAUCAAGAGGCAGAGAGAGUGAUUAGCCAGCAAAAAAUAAGUAGGAAGGAAGCAGAGCUCUCGCGAUAUGAAUUCCUGUUCCUGGCUGAACUGAUGCACCGUGUGAUUCUGUUUCAAAAGAUACUUAACUCAUAGACAUCACCACUCCAUGAUAGAAACAUUUUGGAACUAUGGCCACUGAUGUGAAAUAUGAAUUGAGCUUUCCUUUCUUAAGCAUCAUUAUUGUCAUAUUGUUAUAGUAUUAAAGUAUAAUAUAACUAUGAUCUUAAUUGUAUAAACUCUAACUGAUAAACAUGGUUCUUUAUUAUUAAAGAUUACAAAUCAUUGAAAUAUAUAUUGCUAUCUGUAUUCAAAUGUUGUGAAUAUGAAAAUACAUUUGAAAGGAAAUUGUGGGGCUUUCUGAUUGCAGUAUUACUUGCAAUAAUACUCUUGGUCUUGACAAUUUUUAAUUGAAGUUUAAUCUAACUCUAAAUGUUUUGAAUUGCUUAAAUAAUCACAAUGUAAUGAACAUGGUAGAUUGAUUAAGAAAGGAUACGAACAAAAUAUAGUAUUAGUAAAAUGUUGGAUUUCAUAUAGGACAACAGUUUAUAAUCUAUAUUGUGAAAUGUUUUAAAAUGAUGCCAGGCACACUCUGUGUACUUCAAAUAAAUGAAUUUACAUAUCA